UUUAGCCCCUGAAGCAGUCACAGAAGUCCUCACAUCAAACGGGUUCCCAGGUACAAGGACAUGGUAUGUAGCUGGCUCGAAGUGGACACUCAUCAGCUCGGUUCUGCUACAAACGUCCAGGCUGCUGAAAUUAAACUCUGAUGCCAUUCAUACAAACAUCCAAUCAUGAGCUAGAUCAGCAGUUCAGAGAUGCUUCCAAAUUGCCAACAACCAGGGUGGCUACUAUACGUCAAGGUGGAGGAGGAGGAACAACUUUAGAGAAGAUGCCCAGCUGUUUUGUAGAAACCCCAGCUCAUUUCUCUUGGAAAGAAAGUUAUUACCGAUCUACCAUGUCCCAGAGCACACAGACGAGUGAAUUCCUCAGUCCAGAGGUUUUCCAGCAUAUCUGGGAUUUUCUGGAGCAGCCUAUAUGUUCAGUUCAGCCCAUUGACUUGAACUUCGUGGAUGAGACAUCAGAAAAUGGUGCAACUAACAAGAUUGAAAUCAGCAUGGACUGUAUCCGCAUGCAGGACUCAGACCUCAGUGACCCCAUGUGGCCGCAGUACACGAACCUGGGGCUCCUGAACAGCAUGGACCAGCAGAUUCAGAACGGCUCCUCGUCCACCAGCCCCUACAACACGGAGCACGCGCAGAACAGCGUCACGGCGCCCUCGCCCUACGCGCAGCCCAGCUCCACCUUCGACGCCCUCUCGCCGUCGCCUGCGAUCCCUUCCAACACCGACUACCCUGGCCCGCACAGCUUCGACGUGUCCUUCCAGCAGUCCAGCACCGCCAAGUCGGCCACCUGGACGUAUUCUACAGAACUGAAGAAGUUGUACUGCCAAAUUGCGAAGACAUGCCCCAUCCAGAUCAAGGUGAUGACACCACCUCCUCAGGGAGCUGUCAUCCGCGCCAUGCCCGUCUACAAGAAGGCGGAGCACGUCACGGAGGUGGUGAAGCGGUGCCCCAAUCACGAGCUGAGCCGUGAAUUCAACGAGGGGCAAAUUGCUCCUCCUAGUCAUUUGAUUCGAGUAGAAGGGAACAGCCAUGCCCAAUACGUAGAAGACCCUAUCACAGGAAGACAGAGUGUGCUGGUGCCUUAUGAGCCGCCCCAGGUUGGCACUGAAUUCACGACAGUCUUGUACAAUUUCAUGUGUAACAGCAGUUGUGUUGGAGGGAUGAACCGUCGUCCAAUUUUAAUCAUCGUUACUCUGGAAACCAGAGAUGGGCAAGUCCUGGGCCGGCGGUGCUUUGAGGCCAGGAUCUGUGCUUGCCCAGGAAGAGACAGGAAGGCAGAUGAAGACAGCAUCAGGAAGCAACAAGUUUCAGACAGUACAAAGAACGGUGACGGUACGAAGCGCCCUUUCCGUCAGAAUACACAUGGCAUCCAGAUGACAUCCAUCAAGAAGCGAAGAUCUCCGGAUGAUGAACUGUUGUACUUGCCAGUGAGGGGUCGUGAGACUUACGAAAUGCUGCUGAAGAUCAAGGAGUCCCUGGAGCUCAUGCAGUACCUUCCACAGCACACGAUCGAGACGUACAGGCAGCAGCAGCAGCAACAGCACCAGCACUUACUUCAGAAACAGACCUCCAUGCAGUCUCAGGCUUCUUACGGCAACAGCUCCCCGCCUCUGAACAAAAUGAACAACAUGAACAAGCUGCCUUCAGUGAGCCAGCUCAUCAACCCUCAGCAGCGCAACGCCCUGACUCCCACCACCAUUCCGGAUGGCAUGGGAGCCAGCAUUCCUAUGAUGGGCACCCACAUGCCAAUGGCUGGAGACAUGAAUGGACUCAGCCCCACCCAGGCCCUCCCUCCCCCACUCUCCAUGCCAUCCACCUCCCACUGCACCCCCCCACCUCCGUACCCCACAGAUUGCAGCAUUGUCAGUUUCUUAGCAAGGUUGGGCUGUUCAUCAUGUCUGGACUAUUUCACGACCCAGGGGCUGACCACCAUCUAUCAGAUUGAGCAUUACUCCAUGGAUGAUUUGGCAAGUCUGAAGAUUCCUGAGCAGUUCCGACACGCCAUCUGGAAGGGCAUCCUGGACCACCGGCAGCUCCACGACUUCUCCUCACCUCCCCAUCUCCUGCGGACCCCAAGUGGCGCCUCGACCGUCAGCGUGGGCUCCAGCGAGACCCGCGGCGAGCGUGUCAUCGAUGCCGUGCGCUUCACCCUCCGCCAAACCAUCUCUUUCCCUCCCCGCGAUGAGUGGAAUGACUUCAACUUUGACAUGGAUGCCCGCCGCACCAAGCAGCAGCGCAUCAAGGAGGAAGGGGAGUGAAUCCCGCCGUGUAGUUCUUCCCUUCCUGUACCCACCUGCCCAGCCCCCUAGAAGGCGUUCCUGCUCCAUAGCCAAAGCAUUCUCCCUUGCUCUUCCCCUUCCUCCCCUCAGUCCAGCAUCUUAAGGGAAGGAGAAGUGAGAGGCCGAUAUUUACCUGCCAUCUCACCUGGCGUCUGAUUCCGCUUCUGGCUUUAAGCCUUCAAAGCUAUUGCUUGCAGACCGAGUUUUCGUGGUAGAAAGAAGUGAGCAAGUACAGCAGUGAGUGUAUCUUUAAGCUACGGAGAUCUCUCACUGACUUUUGUA